AUGUCGUUCCCACCGCCGCCUGUCGACACCAUUGACUGGUCCAAUGUCGGCUUCCGCGUCCGCGAAGUCAAUGGCCACGUCGAGUCGCACUACUCCAAGGCCACUGGCAGCUGGUCCAAGCCCGUCUUUGUCACCGACCCCUACAUUCGCAUCCACGGCAUGGCCCCCGCCCUCAACUACGGCCAGCAGGCCUACGAGGGCCUCAAGGCCUUCCGCACGCCGGGCGACAAGGGCAUCCAGAUUUUCCGCCCGGACCGCAACGCCGCCCGUCUGCAGCACUCUGCCGAGGUCAUAUCGGUCCCGCCCGUCCCCGAGAACAUCUUCCUGGAUGCCGUGCAUGCUGCCGUGGCCCGCAACGCCGACUUUGUGCCGCCGCACGCCACCGGCGCCGCAAUGUACAUCCGCCCGCAGGUCUUUGGCUCCAGCGCCCAGCUGGGCCUGAGCCCGCCCGAGGAGUACACGUUCUGCGUCUACGUCCUGCCCACCGGCGUCUACCACGGCACCAACCCCGUCAAGGCCCUGAUCCUCGAGGACUUUGACCGCGCCGCCCCCAACGGCACGGGCAACGCCAAGGUCGGCGGCAACUACGCUCCCGUCCUGCGUUGGAGCGAGAAGGCCUACAAGGCCGGCUACGGCAUCACCCUGCACCUCGACAGCUCGCGCCACGAGGAGAUUGACGAGUUCUCGACGAGCGGCUUCCUCGGCGUCAAGAAGGGCGCUUCCGAGGACGACAUCACCAUUGUGACCCCCGACUCGCACUCCGUCAUCGACAGCGUAACCAGCGACAGCGUCCAGCAGCUGGCCCGGAGCUUUGGCUGGAAGGUCGAGCGCCGUGUCAUCAAGUACUCGGAACUGCCGACCUUCACCGAGGUCUUUGCCGCCGGCACGGCCGCCGCCCUCGUGCCCAUCCGCUCCAUCACGCGCCAGCUCACCCCGGGCCAUGCGCAGUCGCUGGGUGCCGGUGGCGCCUCCGUGCCAGCCAACGUGGCCAUCAACAGCAACGGCGAGGAGGUCAUCACCUACAUGCCCGACAGCCAGACAGAGGCCGGCCCCGUAUGCCUCCGCCUGCUGACACAGCUCAAGGGUGUGCAGCUGGGCAAGGUCGAGGACCAGUUCAAGUGGUGCGCGGCCGUUGUGGCCGAGGAUGCCGCCAAGGCUGCAGACGAGCCCAAGGCGUCGUCUUAG